CAUGGCCAUGAACCGUAUCAAUUUCGUGGAGCCUAUUCUCCAGAGGUGCAGGAAUUCAUUGAGGCAUAUACCUUUAUAGAAUAUAUUAAGUAUGUGGAAGAGAAUGAUGGUGAGGGUGCAGGAGGAGAUGAGGGUGGAGAAAUGAACGAUUGGAAUGCCUCAAUGCUUCGACCAUGUUCUUUGUCGAUCCCAAUGAAUAUAUUUUGGGUGUAUCGAAAGAUCUACACUAUGUGCCAGAGUGUCUUGAAGACCGAAAAUGUUUGCUAUAAUGUCAAGGUCCGAGGUGGCGAGGCAGCCAAAUGGGGUGCCAUGUUCGAUAGUAAAUGGAUUGCUGAUGAUAUUGAUGAGGGAUUUUUCUAGUAUG